CAAUAUAGUUCUUCUUUUUAAAACGUGAUUUUUCGGGAUGAACUGACUUUUUUUGAACUAAUUUUAAAUCAACUUAUUGCUAAUAUUGUUUGGUAUAAUCAAAUCAAGCAAAUCAACUUAUACAACUUUGGACUAUUUAUUUAACUAAAAUUAAUUAUUAAAUUUCUCCACGGAUGUAGCCAAAGCUUUUUUUAUAAAAUUUUAGUUUGAUCAAAAUGUAAGAAAAAAAAUCCUUUGGAUUAUAUAUGAUAUAUCCAUGACUGCAUCUGCAUGGAUUCCCUUCAAAGGUUAAUGAACUGCACUCCGGUUUCUUAUGCUUGAAACGCCAUACAGUCUAUAAACGGUGUUCGUGUCAAGCUAAAAACAUCGCGCGCCUCUCUCCUCGAAUUAAAUUCAAAUCAGAGAAAGAAAAAAAGAAAAAAAAACUGGAAAUGGAGGAAGAUGCAUCGAUGAAGUUCUUCUCGGAUCAAAACACCUCUUACGCUGAUAUCCUUCCUCCUCGCGAAGCUCGUGCUAGAAUCGAAGUGUCUGUUCUCAAUCUCCUCAGAGCUUUGAAUUCUCCAGAUCCAGCCAUCUCCGAUCUCUCUCUGAUCAAUAGGAAGAGAAGCAAUAGCUGUGUAAACCAAGGCAUACUCACAGACGUUUCCUACAUAUUCCUCUCUACUUCCUUUACUAAAAGCUCCUUGACCAAUGCUAAAACUGCCAAAGCUUUCGUGCGCGUGUGGAAAGUUAUGGAGAUGUGCUUUCAGAUCCUGCUCCAAGAGAAACGAGUCACUCAAAGAGAGCUCUUCUAUAAGCUUCUUUGUGAUUCACCUGACUUAUUUUCUUCUCAAAUUGAAGUCAACCGAAGCGUCCAAGAUGUGGUAGCUCUUUUGCGUUGCAGUAGAUUCAGUCUUGGGAUCAUGGCUUCUACCAGAGGCCUUGUUGCUGGAAGGUUAUCCCUUCAAGAACCAGGUAAGGAACCUGUAGACUGUUCAGCCUGUGGCUCUUCUGGUUUUCCUAUUUCAGGAGACUUGAAUUUGCUUGACAACACCGUCAUGACAAGCGAUGCUCGCUAUAUCAUUCUUGUGGAAAAGCAUGCGAUUUUUCAUCGGCUUGUGGAAGAUCGUGUGUUCAAUCAUAUUCCUUGUGUGUUCAUCACUGCAAAAGGGUAUCCGGACAUUGCCACAAGGUUUUUCCUUCAUAGGAUGAGCAUAACAUUUCCUCAUCUGCCAAUUCUUGCUCUAGUAGAUUGGAAUCCAGCUGGGUUAGCUAUACUAUGCACCUUCAAGUUUGGAGGCGUAGGAAUGGGUCUUGAAGCUUACAGAUAUGCUUGCAAUGUAAAGUGGAUUGGGCUCAGAGGAGAUGAUCUUAACCUGAUACCAGAAGAGUCUUUGGUUCCUCUCAAGGCAAAGGACUCGCAGAUUGCUAAAAGCUUAUUGUCCUCCAAAAUCUUGCAGGAAAACUACAGAGAGGAGUUGUCACUGAUGAUCGAAACUGGUAAGAGAGCUGAAAUUGAAGCUCUGUAUUGCCAUGGUUAUAGCUAUCUCGGGAAAUAUAUAGGCACCAAGAUCGUGCAGGGCAAAUACAUAUAACACUUCACAAAGCAUGUAAUUUCCACAAACACAAUAGAGAAGAGUUUGUUCUAUAUUAUGGUGAAGUUUUAAUGCAGACUCUCAUAAUAUAAUCCCAGUAUGAAUAAACUACAAACACAUCAAAAUUUCAAAAU